UGCUCAGUGCAGAACCAGGAACAGAUUCUCCGAGAAGUGUGCAGAGUGCUCAAGCCGAGAGAAAAAUGUCAGCAGAUGAGAAUGAAGGCCAGCUAUCCCUCCUGAUCAGGAAAUCCAAAGACUCCCCUUUUGUCCCUGUGGGUAUAGCAGGAUUUGUGACUGUGGUGUCCUAAGGUCUUUAUAAGUUAAAAGAUCAGAAAAUGUCUAUUCAUCUUAUACACAUGAGAGUUGCUGCCCAAGGAUUUGUUGUAGGAGCUGUGACUCUAGGGGUUCUCUGUUCUGUGAGUGAGGAUUACAUUAGGCCUCGAUUCGUCAGCGUGUCAAAGAAAUGA